AAGAAGUUCGCUUCUGCUGCAGUGUUCGUGAUCAAAUAAAACGCGUUGCGGCGGUGCUUCGUAAUAUAGGACUUGCUCAGGUACUUCGUUCAACCGUCAAGGGAGUGGUGUAGAAUCAACAGCCAGAGUAUAGCGCUCUAGUGACCGACGGGGGACUCGACUUCAAACUGUUUUCCCGGGACUCGAAUCUUAUUCAGGGUUACUAAUUGAGUCACGGUAACUCGCUCUUGAACCGAGAGACCAACGGUAUCUAAUUUAUAUCGUAUGGAGUUCAGGCGAGGUGCAACCCACUAACCAUGCUGCACUCGUAAGCUUUUGGUGCCGUCUUUGUUUGCAGAGGAAAGUCUGCCGCUCACUUUCCUUUUUCCAGCGGAGGCGAGAUUCGUAUUUUUUUUUUUUUUGGCAGCCUUUCUUCUGCCUCUCACCUUCCUUUCCCCCGACCGGCUCGCUCCCGUCGCCAACCAACUGACUGGAAGAAAGAAGCAUCUUUGUUUUUGACGGAGUAUAUACUUGCCUGCUCGAUCAGCACCAUGAAUUCGGAUAUAAAUGUGUACCUCGGCCGGGAUAAAACGGGCAUCAUGCGGAAGAGAGCCCUGCUUCUCCGGAAAGGGUGUAGUUUUGAGAUUAGUUCGAGCUCUGCCUCGGAGGACUUGGGCUGCAGGCGUGGAGACUUCAGCCGAAAACACUAUGGCUCUGUCGAGCUGCUGAUCUCCAGUGAUGCAGAUGGAGCCAUACAGAGAGCGGGCCGCUUUCGAGUGGAGAAUGGCUCAUCAGAUGAGCCAAUGGACUACACCCCGGGAAUCUGGAGAAGAACCGAUGUCCAUUUGGAGAACCCAGAAUACCACACCAGAUGGUUCUUCAAAUACUUCCUGGGAAAAGUCCACCAGAAUUACAUUGGUACGGAUGCAGAGAAGAACCCCUUCUACCUGUCGGUGGUUCUGUCUGACCAGAACAACCAACGGGUCCCUCAGUAUAGAGCCAUCCUCUGGAGGAAGACAGGAACUCUGAAGAUUAGUCUGCCAUACAGCCCCACUAAAACACUAUCAGUCAAGUCCAUCUUAAGUGCGAUGAACCUGGACAGGUUUGAGAAGGGCCCGAGGGAGAUUCUCAACCCAGAGAUACAGAAGGACCUACUGGUGUUGGAGGAGCAAGAGGGUUCUGUUAACUUCAAGUUCGGUGUCCUGUAUGCCAAAGAUGGACAGCUCACAGAUGAUGAGAUGUUUAGCAACGAAACAGGAAGUGAAAGCUUCGAUAGGUUCAUCAACCUGCUAGGGGACACAAUCUCUCUGCAGGGCUGGGCGGGUUACCGCGGUGGACUGGAUACCAAAAAUGACACUACAGGAAUGAACUCCAUCUACACAGUGUAUCAGGGCCAUGAGCUGAUGUUCCACGUCUCCACCAUGCUACCCUAUUCCAAAGAGAACAAGCAGCAGGUGGAGAGGAAAAGACACAUUGGGAAUGACAUUGUCACCAUAGUGUUCCAGUUCCAGGAGGGGGAGGACACAUCUCCGUCAUUUAAACCCUCCAUGAUCAGAUCACAUUUCACACAUAUCUUUGCAUUAGUUAGAUACAACAGUCAAAACGACAGUUACAGAUUGAAGAUUUUCUCUGAGGAGAGUGUGCCACUGUUCGGACCGCCCCUUCCCUCACCACCAGUGUUUACAGACCACCAAGAAUUCAGGGACUUUUUGUUAGUCAAGCUAAUCAAUGGAGAAAAGGCCACCCUGGAGACACCCACGUUUGCCCAGAAGCGCCAGCGGACUCUAGACAUGCUGAUCCGUUCCCUCUACCAGGACCUCAUCCCUGACCUCCACAAGAACAUGCUCAACAGACGCUCGUUCAGUGACGUGCUUCCAGAGUCGCCCAAGUCCGCCCGCAAGAAGGAGGAGGCACGACAGGCCGAGUUCGUCAGGAUAGGACAGGCACUAAAGCUCAAGACCAUCGUCAGAGGAGAUGCCCCCACCAGUCUGGUCACUACGGGCCUGUGUAGAAAAGAGCCUUGGGAGUCCCAGUCGUUCUGCAGUACGUUUUCCUAUGAGACAGUGUGUGCUGACUCCUGGGGUCAGUCUCUGUUGGUCGCCACGGAAGCAGCAGGGGUCAUGAUGAUAGAUGCUGUUGAUCCACUUCUUUCAAACCCAGACGCCCAGGUCCUGCCCCCAGUGCAGGUGUUUGAUAAGACCAUGGUGGUGAAGCAGAUGCAUGUUCUAGAGCCUCAGGAUCUCCUCAUCACCAGGACUGACAAAGGGAAGGAUGCGCGUCUCUAUGUGUUCAGACUAAGCAUGCUCAAGAGAGGCCUGGAGGAGAGGCAGCUGGUUCGCACCAAGUGUGACAGCCGAGAAAACAAACUGGAGAAGACCAAAGGGUGUCACCUGUACUCUAUCAACACCCACCACGGGUCAGAGUUGAGGAUCGUGGCAGCCAUCAGAAACAAGCUCCUCCUCAUCACCAGGAAACAGCCCCGCCCCGAUGGCAUGGGCAACCUUGCCGCCACAACCGACUCGCCCGUGGACCAGUUCCAAUACAUACGAGAAAUCUGUCUGUGUGAAACUCCGGUGGUGAUGGCUUUGGUGGACGGUCCUACAGGGGAGAAUGACAACAUGAUCUGUGUGGCCUACAAACACCAGUUUGACCUGAUCAACGAGAGCACCGGGGACGCAUACAGGCUGCACCACGUAGACGCCAACCGGGUCAACUUUGUGGCAGCCAUCGAUGUGUACGAGGACGGGGAGGCUGGUCUUUUGUUGUGUUACAAUUACAUCUGCUCCUAUAAGAAGGUGUGUCCGUUCAACGGCUCCACCCCCAUGAUCCAGUCCAACGCGUCUGACUUCCACUUCAGCUGGAACCAGAUGCCCAAUGCCAUCGUGUGUGCGUUCCCCUACAUCCUGGCUUUUACCACGGACUCCAUUGAGAUCCGGCUGGUUGUCAACGGUAACCUGGUCUAUACAGCUGUAGUACCAGAGCUGCAGCUGACUGCCUCGAGGUCGGACAUCUACUUUGUGUCGUCCGCUCCGGUCAACUCGGCUUCCAACUGCAGCUCCCGGGACACCAGUUCCCAGAGUUCGCCACAGACGCCCACCGGCUACGAAAUGCCUGUGUUCCCCUCACCGCUCGGAGACGAUUCUAUACGGAUCCCCUAUGGUACCAAGCUUUCCCUGUACAUGUCUAAGGAUGCCGAAGGUGAGGCACAAUGUAAGCAUAUCUUCAAGAUCCCCCUGAGUAACCUGGUGGGCCGCAGCAUCGAGAGGCCCCUCAAGUCCCCGCUGGUAAACAAGGUGGUGACAGGCUUGACAGCACAGGUCCCUAGCAUGUGUGUGGCCCCCGCGGGGCCCCUCAUGCAGGGGGCUUCACACACCCUGUCACUGUCCCGCAUGGAGAUCAAAGAGAUUGCCAGCCGCACCCGCAAAGAGCUGCUAGGCCUAACCGAGGAGCCGGGCGGUAAGUCCGGCACUGUCAAACAGAGGAAGAUGAGCAAGAAGACCACUGAGGAAGAGCCAAAGGCACGAGCACUGACCUCCACUGGCAGUGACAGGAUGGGCUCUAAGUCUGCCAACACGGACUCAGAUGUCCAACGGCACUGCUCGUUCAGCUCGGAUGACGCGGCACAAGAGAAAGCAGUGCUUCCAGAGGAGAGCCUGCCAUUGGCCAGCCCCUUCAAUCUCUCCACAUCCUUCGAUGAUGAUGAUGUCCUGGACCUAAAGUGAAGACAAUCCCAUCAUGCACUUCUCCCCCUCAUCCCCCUCUCUUUUCUCCUCCUUCGGUCAUUUUGUUUUGGUUGGGUUUUUUUGUUUGUUGAUUUCUUGUUUUUGUUUUGUUAUCUCCUUUGUCUGUGGUCUUCAUCCUCAGACAUGGUGGGUAGGAGGAGUAAUUGUGUAAAGUGUGUGUGCGUGUUCCAUAAGCAGUCGGUCCCCGCAGUCAGUGUGUGUGUCUGUGUGUUGCACUGCAGCGAGUACCCCAAAGAAAACGAGGUCAUUUGAGGUGGUGUGGAUUGUUCAGAGUACAGAUGUCAUUAUGCGGCGAAAGGUUUCAUCUAUAAACGAAAACUGAAUGUAAAUCUACACACCAAGGCACAACAAAAAAAACGUUUUUUUUUUAAAAACAGCACCCUCGCGAAGUGGCUACGGCUUACCUUUUAUUGUAUAAUCUGUGAUUAUUUCCAAUUACACUUUCAAAUAUAGUAUAAUAUAUGCAUAUUUAUGUGUACAUCUAUUUAUACAUUAAGAUGCAUACACAUCGACAGACAUUAAUACCUUUAUAGAUACCAUAAUAGACAUUUUAUUCACAUAUUUAGUAAAUGUACGAUGUUUUAUGCUCUCCAUGUCUGUCAGUCUAUACAGGACUGGACUAGAGGCAGACUACAACUCCCAUCAGCCACCAGUCACCUCUCACAUAUUUAGUAAAUGUACAAUGUUUUAUGCUCUCCAUGUCUGUCAGUCUUGUUCCUUCCCAACUCUGUGUGCAGGUAUACAGGACUGGACUAGAGGCAGAGUUUCCCACAAGUGCCACAACCCCACAUCCUCCACUAAACUACAACUCCCAUCAGCCACCAGUCACCUCUCCUCUAAUUGGCUGGUCUCUGACAGUAGCAGUCAUAAUCAUGUAUCCCUCUGUAGAUAACACCCACAGUGACUCUGUGAGCUAGGUUUUAAUACGCAUAUAGUCAAACACACCCACACCUCUAGGGCCUCUAAAAGCACCUACUGUCCUGUCUCUGGCUAUCCCUGAGAAUCCAUCCACGUCCUCACAGAAUAUACUCUCCUAUACACAGAUCGCAACCUUCCCAGACAGUUAGUUUACUGUGGCCCAACACAGUUUAGUCAGGGGCCAAUUGGCCUGUUAGCGCAUCGCCUUUACAGUGGGCCUUUAAAGUCUGUCCACUGUUGGGCCGCUAGUGGCAUCGGCUGCCAACAGGACGCCCUCAGCUUAUGUGCUUUAUAGUGGUAUGCAGACUCUUAGCCACCAGUUGUUCACUUGUUAGUUGGGUUGGCCAACUACUUCCAUUUAGGAGUGAUGUAAUGAGGUAACGUAGUCAGUCAUAGGGUACAUCCCAAAUAGCACCCUAUUCCCUAUUUAGUGCACUAAUUUAACCAAGGCCCGUAGAGCUCUGGGUAAAAGUACACUAUAUAGGGAAGAGGCCGCUAUUUGGGAUGCAGGCAGUGGAUGAGAGACCAGACAGAUGGUAGGUACUGUAGCCUACCUCAGAGUCCUUAUAGGAUCUAUUUGGUAGAAGGAAUUAUCUCCUCUCCAGCUGUUCACUAGGAGCAAGGCAUAACUCACCAAGUGCAAUGGAACAUUACAUGAAACACAAGAAUUAUGAUGCGUUAUGAAACAGCACAGAGGAAGCCAUAACACUUAACCUCCUCUGGUACCAGAGAUAUGAGUAAUCAAGCCCAAUGAUUAGGGUGAUAUCAGCCUAUCAGUACACGGGUCAGCGGUCAGACAUCAAUCAACCAAUCAAAUGUAUUUAUAAAGCCCUUUUUACAUCAGCAGAUGUCACUAAGUGCUGUACAGAAAACCAGCCUAAAACCCCAAACAGCAAGCAAUGCAGAUGUAGAAGCACGAUGGCUAGGAAAAACUCCCUAGAAAAGCAGGAACCUAUGAAGAAGCCUAGAGAGGAACUCUGAGGGGUGGCCAGUCCUCUUCUGGCUGUGCCGGGUGGAGAUUAUAAGAGUACAUGGAAAUUUAAGGCCAGAUUGUUUUUCAAGAUGUUCAAACGUUCAUAGAUGACCAGCAAGAUCAAACAAUAAUCACAGUGGUUGUAGAGGCCAGCAACAGGUCAGCACCUCAGGAGUAAAUGUCAGUUGGCUUUUCAUAGCCGAGCAUUCGGAGGUCGAGACUGUAGGUGCAGUAGAGAGAGAGAGAGUCAAAAACACCAGGUAGCACGUGGAAGAUCUCCACCGCAGGAGCCCGAGGGGUCACAAAACCGGACAGGAAGAUCACGUCUGUGACUCAUAUCUAGAGAACCAUGGGAAAUGUAGGGUCAACACUAUGUAGCGUACUUGAGUCAGUCUCACGGUCUCGUGAUGAGGUAGCCCUGCCUGCGACUUCAAAAUCAAUGUCACUCUCGGCCCUAGAGGGAAUUUCCUAUUGGGGUAACGGGCUAAUGUUUAGGACGUUGCUUUCUCCCAUGGAAGACCAGGUUCAGAUCCCACCCUGACAUACCGGAGGAUAUUGACUUGGCAGUGUCUUAUGCUGCAUCAUCCUGAGUAGUGUUAGGGAUGAGACAUUGGCUAAAGUUGUUAUUACUACUCUACAGGUCAAGGUGAUAUUGCUGAGAAGGGAAAGUUAUUGGCUAAAGCAUGUGCAUCCGUUCGGCUACGUGGAGAGCCCUCUGGGUGGUCGGCUUGCGACAUGGCACCCCUCUUCUGAUCUUGCAUGAGCCCCCCCGCUACCUUUUUAUCUCUCUCCCUCUCUCAUUCUCUUCUGUUACUCUCUGUAAUUGCCUGUCUCAAUGUGGCCUCCUUCAACACUAUUACUCAAAACUGGAGGGAUGAAAAAAGGGAAUAAAUAGGAGUACUAUUAUUGCAAUGGAAUUGUACUUAUUUAUUAUGCUGGUUCUUACCAUGAGUGUAGGUGAAUGGGGGUGGGAUGUGUGGUGGUUUGAAGGUUUAUAAUACAGCUUCUAUCACUUUGAUCGUUCUCCCUGUUUCUCUCCUUUGUUUCCUUUGGCCCUGUUACGUUCACACCGUCCCGACUCCUUGAUGUUUUCACAGUGGUUUUUGUAUCUAAAUCAAUAUUAACUGUUUAGGCUGUUGCUCAACCUCUCUGUGAUAUGAAAACGGAAGAAGAAAAACAAAAAACACCAAGUGUCUUAAAAAUAAUGUAUCGCCAUCGUUUUUAAUGCCAAGUACAACUUGUAAAUGUGUGUGUUUCAAAUGUGGCCUCAAAUGAAACUGAACUAUUAUUAUUAUUAAUAUUAUUAUUUGAAAAAUUGUUUCAAUUAUUUGAACAAGUGCUGUAGACCACUGCUGUGAAAGUAGUCAAUUCUGCUCAUUGAUAUGUAAUAAAUAUUUAUGAAAUUUGAAAACAUUUUGUUUGUAGUCUUCCUAAUAAUGGAAUUGUUAUUUUUGGCGCUGUAAUAUAAGAAAUAGCUGGAAACCUGAUAUGUACCACACUCUGUAAGGAUCUACCUGCUUCAACAUUGUAGCUGUUUCCUGGAGUCAAACGGCCAAAUUUCCCCUUUAGUGGCCUCAUGGGUGGAAUGUUAAUAUUUUUCAUAAUUAAUAUAAACUUGCAGAGAAUCUGGUGUUUCUAUGUCAAAUGAUUUUGUUAUAUUUCAGUCUUCUGUGAUGUAUAUAAAGUGUAAUAUUGGGAUGAAACUCUGACAUGUGUCUUAUUUCUUUUAAGCCCGUAACCAUUUGUGAGGUGUAUGUUUUUGUUUCAAAGUAGAUUUGUUUUAGAAUACAAAGAAACCUUAUUUGUGACCCUGAUUUAGCCCACUGUUGUAAAAUGUUACCUUACACUUUGUCCUCUCCCGUAAUCCUUUAAAACCUCUGAAUUAUUAUCAAACAAUGUCAUACCAACCUAGAAAGCUGUCUGGCUCUUUUCUCUUGGCCUGUCCCCAGUUGUGGCCCUGAUUUGAAUGAUUCAUUCAAAACAUGCCUCUUAUUUAUUGGUGUUGCUAUUAUUUAGCAUUGGCAGAUCUUAUAAUUGGGAGAGAGCAUUAAAGAGAAUGGAACCUUGAGAUUUGGGAAAGUUAACUGAGCUGAGCUCCGCUGUAAUUAAUUGUGUAUUCAUGAUUAUGUUCCAGUUUAUUUUGCCUGAUAGUCGCAAGAAGUUAAUAAAUUGUUAUUAUUAUUAUUAUUA